GGUACAGAUGAUGGAGAGCGCGAAGCUGACAGGUUCAAAGUGAAAGUGUUGUAAACAUUGGGAAAAUCACAACGAUAAACCGAAGCAUGACCACAAUACCUGACUGAAACUUUUUAUGUUACUUAACAAAAAUGUCGACAAGUCUAAGAACGAGACAAAAGGGCAAACGUGUGUUUCAGCUGUCUGGUUUUGCAGAUGCGGAGCGGAAGGAGAUAGGGAAGUUGAUUACGGCAUUGGGUGGAAUCGACUUCGAUUCUGAGAGUUUCAGGUCAAACUGCACCCAUAUUGUCUGUAAGAAAAUAACAAGGAGUGAGAAAUUUCUUGGUGGAUGUGCUACUGCAAAAUGGAUUUUACACCCAAAUUACAUCCGAGAGUCAUCAAAGGUGGGCCAGUGGCUUGAUGAGAAGUACUAUGACUGGAGCCAGAUAGGUACAUCAGAUACAGACAAUAUCCCCACAGAUGUGAAGGAAGCAUCCCGCAGGUGGCGCUACCAUUUUGAAGUUUUUGGAACAACUGCUUUUGCUGGCUGGAAAACAGCCGUUGUUGUCAGCGGUGCAAGAAAGAACUCUGUGUAUAAAAGAUUACUGCAUAGUGGUGGUGCGGAGGUGUACAAUCUGAAGCUACCCAUUACACAGCCAGAGAAAGUGACCAACACACUGACCUAUGUGUUUGCCAAUGACAAGUGUGCCAUGCAUAUAGCUCACCUCAUAGAGUACGGCGUGCUUUGUCUGCGGCCAGAUUACAUAGGUGACUACCUCAUCAAGGACCCUCCUCCCGAUCCCUUGGAUUAUCUGGUGAAAGUGCCGGAGGACUCCCUUUUCCAGGAUGUGUCGAUGAACGAUAGUAUCAGGAGCAUUCAGACAUCCGACCUCGACUUCAGUCAGGCAGCGCCACCUAGUGGUCGAAACUCACCAGAGAAAAGGUUCCUGUCCCUCCCCAGCUCUGCUAGCUGUAGUCCUGUACCUGUGAAUGUAUUACUACCUCUGCCUACCUUAUUCUCAAACAGUCAGGUAAAAUUAGUGAGUGACAGAGUGACAAGAAGCAGUAGAAAGGAAGUGCUGUCUUCUGUUAGUGAAGACGUCUUUAUUCCAAAUCAGCCAGUUCAAGCCAGUAACCACAACAAGCGCAAGUUCAGUGAGAUCGUAGGAGUGGAAGACGCUCUCCAGGAACUUAAAAAACUCAAAGUGUCCAUGAGAAGGUUUCUUUGGAAGCCUGUCAUUUGUGUGUUGUCAAAUAGUGAAGAAAUUGACCAGCAGCAGUUCAAGUGUGUCCCGAUGGAGUUUACAGAUAGUAUGACCAAUAUCAUUCACUCCUGUCUGGAGGAGGAGUCUUCCAGCUCAGACUUCCUGUCACACGCCCUUGACCUCAUCACCUCCAUGAUUGCGUCGAGGAAAUACCCCAAAACCGACACUAUCCAGUUUAUGAUGGUCAAACUCCUACAGAAUGCUGCCAGCGAGAAUCUGGCCAUCAAGUCAUACACAGCUCUGAUGAGGCUGCUACAAGUGCAUCCUCCGACCAUCCCACUGUUCACCAAACUGUACAUGAAGACAUUGGCCUUCGCCACGAAGGAGACGGAGGAUUCAAAUCAGCCAUGGAACUUUAUCCAAAGCGUUAUUCAGAAGAUUGUAGAAACACCUGAAGACGAUCCCAAGAGUCCUGAAUUUAAGUACAAUGUGAUGCUGUUGAAGUUCCUGGUGGCUUUGCUUGAGCAAAAUUUCAAAUUCUGUCUGCAGAGAUAUGCAGAGAAUGAAAUAUGUCCGAAGAGGUUGUCGACUUGUAUGAUCUCUCAGGUGCUGUGGCCAGGCACAUCCCAAUUCAGUGUCAACAACAAGUGUCGUGAACUCUUGUCUUUCCUUAGCAGCUGUCUGUCGAGUGAGUUAGAUCUGAUACAAAAGACACAGGUAUUGCCGUUGCUACUGAGCCUGAUUUCGAUGGCUGCUGAAUGCUGUAGAUUGACAGAAAAAAUAGCCAGUCACGUUGUCCGCAGCCUUCUUACGUCAAAAGAGGAGAGAACUAUUGUUUUUAUACACGAGUUAUCACGAAAUAUUGAUGUGAGCCACACAGAUGAACAGUUGUUGGGGCUGAUUCUCCGCUCCCUACAGCCAGCCUGGCUAUGUCUGGGUGUGUGCCUGCUGUUACUGAACAACAUGGACGACUACCUGGUACUGGAGGGGGUACCGAGGGACAGCAUGGAGAGGAUAUCUCUACACACUAUAGUGAACAAGUACUUUUUCAUGCUGCCAAAGCUUCAACUAGUGAAGGGAAACAGUUCUAUAAGGGCUAACACACCUGUUUCGACUCUGACGAAAAUGACAGACCUGAAAGAAAACGAAACCAAUGGGUUUCACGUGAGAGAGAACAAAGUUAUGAAGAAUGCAUCUAGGGCCAACAAGCGCAACACAAAAGGAGAGACAUCACUUCACAGAGCCUGUAUCAAAAAUGAUGUGAUUAACCUGAGGAAACUUUUGAAGAUACCAGGAGUAGACAUCAAUGCCAAAGACAAUGCUGGCUGGACACCUCUUCACGAAGCUUGUAACCACGGACACAUACAGUGUGUCAAAGAACUACUCAACUUUGUACCAUCAAAGACAGUGGACACUUUCUUCAAUACAGGUGAAAAUGUGUGCAGAAAGGCAGACCUGUUGCUAAGUAACAAUGACGGAGUGACUCCCCUACAUGAUGCUGUUAUAAACGACAGACUGGAUGUGUGUCGUCUGCUGCUUCAACAUGGCGGUUGGGCACUUAUGCGAUGUAGGACAAUCAACAAUGCUACUCCCCAGGACCUCGCUGUGACAAAAAAUAUGAGAAACUUGCUGCUUUCUUUUGAAAAAGAGGAACAUAUCAGUAGUUCUCAAGGGAGCGACUGUUCUCCGGAGAGCCAUGUACCUAGUGACUACCUGUACGACCAGGUGCUGAGACAGGAGGGAGCACAACAGUGCAGCAACGCUGAUGACUGUGUCAAGUACAUCUGUCUGGUAACUACCACCAUUAGGUCCUAUCUCGAGGCUUCCAACAUCUGGACACUGGUCUCGCUCACAAGGGGCGUGGCUCCUGCUGCGGGGAGGAUUUCAUCAUUCGUAGGAGAUUUGUCGUCACAGGCAGGUGGAGUGGUUCCUGUGUUAAAUGGAAUUAGAAACACCAACAGUGUUAUGACACACCCUCAAGGAAGUGAUGAUGUAGUAUCGCAAGCUUACAGUCAGGAACAAGGAACACAGGGGCUGAUGAACCUUGACACGCAUGUAGUUGACACAGUAAAGUCAGACUUGAAGGUUGCCAAAAAUUUGAAGCGAUAUGUCCAGCAUUUUGAAAAUCAUGUGAUGAAGAUAAGUCGCCCUGUUGAUCAUCACUCACUUAAAUCUCAGAUCAUGUGUUUGUGGUGUCUAGCAGAAAUGAAUUCUCGUCCAGUGGUUGCAGAAACAAGUUCUAACUGUGAUUUUAAGUCCAGGAUAACUUCCUAACACUGCAUGACCCGAAGCUGUAUUCUCAUGCUUUUCCUGAUCAUGAUACUAGACUAUCUCAGGUUUUAUGUGAUGAUAUAUUGUGUUGCCUUUUGGGAUGUUUCUCUAGUCAUGUAGGUACCCGACAGAUGUGCCAAAAUUAUUGAACCAGUCUUUGACUUCAUGAUAGAAAACUGUAUACAGGAAUAUCAAAGUUUCCAAUUUCAGGUGUUAAAACCAAAACAGAUAUUUUGGUUGACAAAUGACUGUCAAAAUGUUCGUGUUUUAUUUGAAAUGUUUUCAAAGUUCAUAUAAUAAAUAUUAAUAAUUAUAUCAUAUAUCAUAGGGGCUAUAGGUUUGCACUCUCUCUGUCAGUCAGUCAGUGUGUGAAAGGGUAGAACUUGUAUACAUGUAUCAUGAAGUUUUGUAUGUGAAUACCUCUUUGGAUCGCAGUGUCACAUACUGAAAUAAGGUCACUUGCCUCGCUAUAAAAAGAUACGAACCUUCGUUCAUUGUGUGUCAAAUCGUCUGGGGCAUAUCUCAUAUACCAGGUAUACGGUCACCAAGUAAUGGAUGUUCUUGGGGAAUAUCUCCCAGAUUUUGUUGUUCAAAUUUUAUAUGAGAUAUAUACCUCGUAAGAUGGUUGAGUGUCACAUACUACGUCAAAUAAAAUGUGUUAUUCUGCCGUGUAUCAAGUUCUUAGCAUUACAAUUUAAAUCUAGGUCAUUCUGCAUACUUUUCCUAUUUGACUUGUCUCUAGAUUGCUGACAAUUAGAAUAAGAUAAAUGACAAUUCUUUAGGCUAAUGGUAUAUCUGUAGUUUCAGAACAACUCUCUAAGAGUACUUGUAUGAAAUUUCUCUAGAUUUGUGACAGUUCUUCAGGCUCAUGUUAAUUCUCCAGGUUCAUAACAAUACUCUAGAUAUGGAAAUUUCACACAAUUCUUUUGGUGAUAACACUGUUUCCAAAGUUCUUUAGAUUUCGCUUUGUUGUACUAUUGUGUUCAAAUCUUAAGUUGUUGACACGAAUGUUACAAAGGAACCGUGUACUUUAUACAGCAAAACAUUUUUGACUAAACUGAAGCAAAAAUUCUGUAGGCUAUGCAGUGUGUCAAAAUCGUAGUCUCUGGUCCAGUUGUAAUAGCACAUGGGACCCAACAUUAGAUGUUAGUAGUCUGAAGGCGACAGUCAUCUUUCUGAACACAAUUGCAAAAUGUAACUACAUCAAAAUUUUUUAUCAAAGGAAAUAAAAUAUCUUACUACAUUA